CCGGUUUAUGGCCGCACCGGGACUCCCAGAUGCGCUCCUCGGCUCGCUGUCACUCAGCGCGGCAUUAAAGUACCACGUUGUCAUGAAAAUCUGGACGUGUUACCGUCACUUUUCAGUGUCUCUUCUUAUUAUAAUGUAUAAUUUAAUUGCACUAAUCACGCCUUGCGCAGUCAUUUAUAGAGCUUCGCGUUUUAUUUAAAGACCAUUGCUUUCAGAUUUGUCACGGAAAAGGAUUGGCCUCUUUAAAUAAUCCCAAUGUUUAAUAAAAAUGUUUUUAGUUUAUUCUCACAAAUUUGUCAUCAUACCAUUGUUCUCAGCUGGACUAGCUGGGUAGAAAUAUAAAUGGUAGGUAGAAGGGAAUUUUACUUUUCUUCUUUCGGAAGGAACUUGUGAUUAUUCCAUGCAAAUUAUACAUGAAGGCCAAAAGCAGCGUGAUUGAUUGAUGGGCUGUCUGAGUUUCGGUAGCACCACGUCGUCUUGCUGUAGGGGAAGAUUACUGUACUGUAUUUAAAACGCAUAAGGGCCCGGGCUCACGGGUUCAGGAUCGCACAUGCUCAGUCGCAGUAGAUGCUCCGCUUGCUGGCUCCUCCCCGGCUUGUGAGAGGAGACGCCGGAGAGAAAUCGUGCAUCGCGUCGCAGGAGUGAAACACGGGACACCCGAGAGCGUCGCUGGAAGCGCGGAAAAGCGGAGAGCACGUCACCCUGCCCGGGCAGGCGGCAGCAUGUUCUCUUCAGUGAAACCCUUCAAGGGGCAACAGUAUUCCUCACUAAAGCGGCAGUGCGUGCAGAGGGGGGUGCUCUUUGAGGACCCCUGCUUUCCAGCCGUCGACGAGUCCCUUUUCUACCAUGGAAACCGCAUCGGGCGGGUCACCUGGAAGAGACCAAAGGAGCUGUGUGAUGACCCCCACCUGUUUGUGGAUGGAAUCAGCGCCCAUGACCUGCACCAGGGACAGCUGGGGAACUGCUGGUUUGUGGCAGCCUGCUCUAGCUUGGCCUCCAGGGAGUCACUGUGGCAGAAAGUCAUUCCGGACUGGAAGGAGCAGGAGUGGGACACUGAGAAGCCUGAGACCUAUGCUGGCAUCUUUCAUUUUCGAUUCUGGCGGUUUGGCGAAUGGGUGGAUGUGGUGAUCGAUGACCGCCUACCUACCGUGGACAACCAGCUGGUCUACUGCCACUCAGAUGACAGCAAUGAGUUCUGGAGCGCUCUUGUGGAGAAGGCCUAUGCCAAGGUAUAUGGCUGCUAUGAGGCGCUGGAUGGCGGCAACACGGCCGACGCCCUGGUAGACUUCACGGGGGGGGUGUCGGAGCCAGUGGACCUACUGGAGGGCCAGUACGCUCAAGACGAGGCCACCCGCAACCAGCUGUUCGAGAGGGUCCUGAAGGUCCACAACCGGGAUGGGCUCAUCAGCUGCUCCAUCAGGGCGACCACGGUGGAAGACAUGGAGGCACGGCUGGAGUGUGGCCUGGUGAAGGGCCAUGCCUAUGCUGUGACCGACGUGCGGAAGGUGCGCCUGGGCCAUGGCCUGCUCGCCUUCUUCAAGUCCGAGAAGCUCUGCAUGAUACGCAUGAGGAACCCCUGGGGGGAGAAGGAGUGGAGCGGGCCCUGGAGUGACAGUUCUGAAGAGUGGAAGAAGGUGAGCCGAAGUGAGCGGGAAAAGCUGGGGGUCACCGUUGAGGAUGAUGGGGAGUUCUGGAUGAACUUUGAGGACUUCUGUCAGUACUUCACGGAUCUGGUGUUGUGCCGUCUGAUCAACACCUCCUACCUGAGCAUUCACAAGACCUGGGAGGAGGAGGUGAUGCGGGGCUCCUGGGUUCACUGGGAUGAUCCAUUGAGGAACCGUGCUGGGGGUUGCAUCAACCACAGGACCACCUUCCUUCAGAACCCUCAGUACGUCUUUGAUGUAAAGAAGGUGGAGGACGAGGUGCUAAUCUGCCUUCAGCAGAAGGAGCAGUGUGGCCGACCCCGAGAGGGCAAGAGGGAGAACCUGGCUAUUGGCUUUGACAUUCACCGGGUGGAGCUUAACAGGAAGUUCCGCAUGCAUUCGGCUCAGCACAAAGUGGGCGGCUCCAUCUACAUCAACUCGCGCUGUGUCUUCCUGAGGAGGGAGCUGAAGGAGGGCCGUUAUAUCAUCGUCCCCACGACCUUCGAGCCAGGCCAGCAGGGUGAAUUCCUGCUCCGCGUCUUCACUGAUGUGCCUUCAGACUGCAAAGAGCUGACUCUGGAUGAGCCGGCCCAAACCUGUUGGACUGGCAUUUGCGGCUAUCCUCAGGUGGUCACGCAGGUGCAUGUGCUGGGAGCCGAGGGCCUCCAGGGCCCGGACUCUAACGGAGCCCUGAACCCGUACGUGAUAAUCACCUGUGAGGGUGAGAAGGUGCGGUCACCGGUCUUCAAGGAAACACGAUGCCCCGACUUUGACGUCAAGGGCCUCUUCUACAGGAAGAAGCCCAAAGAAGCCAUCCAUAUAGAGAUCUUCAACAAGAAUGUGAUCAUGGAUUCAUUCUUGGGUCAGGUGACCCUCACCAGUGAGCCCAAUAACCGGCAGGAGCAGCACACGGUGAACUUGCGCGAUAGGGGCAGCCGCCAGGGUAACGCCUUGCCGGGCACGCUCACUGUCAGACUGAUCACCUGCAACGAGCUGACCAGUAUCUGAGCCUCAGUCCUCUCUUGCUGAAGCCUCGCCCCCUUGUUGCUGCGCCUUAUACCCCUGCACACGGGACUGUGUUUUGCAACAGACUUUACUUUGCUCUCUAAACAUAUAUUUCUCUAUAUUCUGCAUGUCUGUCAACUUUUAUACAAGGGCUAUGCAUCACUUUGAAAGGAGUACCCAUCAGCUGAGCAGCUAGGUGUCGUGUCCAUCAUGCAUUUGGACCCUCCCUUGUUUCAAUAGACUCACCCCUGGUGUACGUUCCUGAAGCCAUUGACAUGGAAUGCCUCAGGGCAGGAGGUGGUUUGUGUUCCCUAGAAGAACUUCUUGCUGUUCGUUUGAGAGAACCGAAUUCCCAGAAUGCAAUAGAAAGCUCUUCUGUGAUUUUCUCCAAUGCGUGAUUGACAUGUAGCAUCUAUCCUAGCAACAUGUGUACAUAUGUGUAUAUAUACAUACAUUUUUUUCACUUGAAGACGCUGAUCCAUGUGCCACUCUUACAGCAAAGUACAUUGUGGGACCAAAGACGGCAAUGUUUUGAUCGUCCAAUGAAGGCCUUCCAAUCCUUAGACGUCCAAUGAAGGCCUUGCAAUGCUUUGACCAUCCAAGGAUGGAUGUUUGAUACUUUGACCAUCUAGUAAUGCCCAUUCUGUGUUUAGAUCUUCCAACAAUGGUCAUGCAGUGCUCUCUGUGAGAUACAGAUUAGGGAACAGUUAGGCUUGGUCACAGGUGACAGCAACUUGUAUGUGCUAGUAUGUGUUUAUAGAUUGGUAGAUGCUGCUAAUGUCAUACAUGCAGAGAUCCUAGCAGUGCCAUAACCUUGGGGCAGAUAUGAUGGUUCCUCAGCUACUCAACAGGAUCAAUGACUCAUGGCCCAGCAGUCUCAAGAGCAACACAGAGGACACGCAUUUCCUGCUUGUUUUUUUAAAGAAUAGUACAGUUCAUCUGGGAAUUCAGCUGGAUCUCCUCUCUCUUUGUUCAUGUUUGUUUUUGGAGAGAAAGAUGCUCAAUGACAGUGAAAAGACGAAAAAAGUGAAAAGUGCCGAACAGAGUAUGGUGCGGUUUAUCAAUGACCACUCGUAACUUGCCGGAUCAUGACUUUCUUCCCAGGGUGGAAUAUCACUCUGUGUGAGAUACAGACCAGCAGGAAAUACCAAGUUCUAGAAGACAGACCUCACUGAAAGUUAUUUAUUAUUUUUAUGUGAUUUUUUAUUAUUAUUUUUUUUUUAAUAGGCCCCGACACUUACGUUAGUGUAUGUUCCAGCGAAUCGGGAAAGAAUAGCCAAAACAGGAUUACCACUAAAGGAGCAACACUGCAUAUUUUCUUGGAAGAAAUGCAAUCUACCCCAGGAAAAGUGUUUGUAAACCGAAGCCACGGAGCAACCUUUCUGUGUUUAUUAGUAUAGUUUUUUUCUGGUUUUAGAGAAAACUGAGGAUUUUCUGAUUGUAUUUGUACAUAUAUAUGGCAUUAUACGUAAUGAUUAUGAAAAAAAUGAAAUCACAGGAGUAAACAGUUUUAUUUUUCUGAACCCGGUUGCCCUUUAAGAGGACAAAAGUUGCAUUUAUGCCGUUCAGCAUCACUUUAUUGUAAAUCCUUUCUGUUUUAUUGGAUACUGCAGAAGAUUAUUAUUCGGCAGCAGAUAUCAAUGUUUUUUUUUUUAGUUUUUUUUUUUUUUUACAGUGUUCGGAGAUAGAUGUUUUAGUGAUGUAUUAACAUACACCUGUUUACAGUUCAGAAUUUACCAGAGUGAAUCUAUUUAUAUAUUUAUAAGUGUCAAACAAUACUGCUCAAGUUGGAUAAUAUAUCAAUGACUUUCAUAUAUGUAGCUAAUAUAGGUGAUGUUCAGUAUUUAUAACACUAUGGGGUUGGCAUUUAAUAUCCAUAUGAGAAAUGGUGCAAUAUAAAUAUUUGCAGCAUGCUUUGAGAUGCCUGCUGAGAUUGGAUUUGCUGUGUUAUGGAUUGCACAUUAUAAAACACUGUACACUAGCAUAUAUUAGUUCAUUGCAGGCCAGGUGGUUAGAUAAUAUGGGUUUCAAGCACGAUGCUAAGCUGAUUUACGGGAUUUGAUGCCUGUGGGUGGUGGUUGGUUUGACCUAGGAAUUUGGGGGCUCUGGUGUUACGAAGAGACACAAAGGAGUUCUAUUUAGUUUAAUCCAAGGUUAUACAACAGAGGGCGCUGGGGAGUCUGUGCGGGCUGUUUCUGUCAUGUGGAGAGUUAAGUUAGAGGUCCAUGUAAUUUCCUACCCCAUGUUUGUACUUCCGCAUACACACACAUAUGAAAGGCAGUCACCCUUAACCUUCAUGGUCCAUUGCUGACUCUGGAAGACCAGGAUGGUCAGGAGCACUACAUGAUCUUUCGGUGAGAUCCAUAUUAAGAGGGUUAGACUGAUAUAACCGUUUAUGAAUCCAUGCUAUUCUAGAAUAAAAAUCAAUCAUUUGGGCUCUGGAAAGGUGGCUGUGCAAGAAAAUAUCACCGAGGUAUUUAGCACACUGAAGCCUGCCGUCGUGGUACUAAAAUACAGUCCAGUACCACCUAAUAUUGUCAUUUGGAGUCUAUAGCACAGUAUGGCUGCAGUUUACACUUCUCCUCAUUCACACAGCUAGAGUUUUCCUGAAGAAACUUAUGCAGAGUGCCUCAGCCAAGGAAGCUGCAGGAGAAUCUCCUCCUGUGGCUGAAACCAGGGACCCUUUGGUCACCAAUACUAUUUUUAAAACAAUGCCACUAAUUCAGUUCAUAACCGUAGUGAUGGGCAAAUGAAGCUUCAUGAACCACUUGCUGAAUUUUCUGACCCCGCUUGAUGGUGCUGUCUGUUCAAAAAAGGGCUCAAAGCAUGCCCCAAAGCAAGCCAAGAGCACCAUCUAGUGGGGUCAAAAAAUACAGCAAAUGGUUCAUGAAGCUUCAUUUGCCCAUCACUACAUGAUUGCCACCCCUGGACCCUGUAAAAACAAAACUGAUUUGCAGUCUAAAUAGAUUUAAACUGAGAGUAGAAUGUAGGUAUGAAAGAGAUCAUUUGAGUAUGGCAAUUUAUGAUGCCAGGUCUUAGCAUUUUGUCUCUGUGCUCCUAUGCUAUUCUGUGCUUUGUGGACUGUUUGGUUUCAAGUAUUGUUGUCAGGUAUGUACAGUAUGGAAAAUACAAUGACAUUCUUAUGAUAUAUAAUCUCUCCAACUAUAUGAUAGUGUUCGAAGGGAGGUUGUAAGACAGGGGAAGACAGUUUUGUAGUUUGACAGGACAGUAGUGUGACAUAAAGGGAGUGCGAUGAUACAUAAAAUACAAUAGAUGAGUAACACACAGUGAACAGUGCAACAGCAUUGAAAUGGUGCAAGGGAAGUGUGGAAAACCACUACAAUACUGUGAUCUUUGAGAAAUACAGGAGAUUUUUACAGCACUAGAGAUGUAUUUAAAGGAGUUGGUAUCACAAGGUGUUUACAGUCCUAAUUACUUGUGGGAAGAAGCCAGCUCUGAAGUGAGCGGUGCAGGUGGAGAUGCUCCUGUUGCGUUUAGCAGCUGGUGUUAAUGGAUCAGGCCAGUGAUUUCGGAGGCCAUCCAAACUGUUCUUUGUAGCAAUAUGAGGUCCCAGGCUGUCAGGUUACCAAACCACGCUGUGAUGCAUCCUGUCAGGAUGCUCUCAAUGGUGCAUCAGUGGAAGUCCGUUAGGAUCUUAUUUCCAGUCCGAGGCUUUUUAGCCUCUGCAGGAAGAACAGUCUCUCUUUUGACUUCUUGAGGAUGCAGCUGUUAAGAGACCAUGAGAGUUGGAUGCCCACACAUCUGACUGUACUAAUUUCCACAGAUGAACCAUUGAUAUUAAGCAGGGUGUGACUGCUUCUGUACUUCCCGAGGUUGAAAAUGAUCUCAUUUGUCUUGUCGACAUUCGAAGUGAGGUUCUCCUGGCACCAUAAAGCCAGGUCUUUUAUCCCUUUUGCUUUCUUCUUUUGUCACCAUCGCUAAUUAGACCAAUCACAGUGGCGUUGUCGCGGUUCCGUGCGGAGCACAGGCUGUAUAAUAGGGGGCUAAGGAUGCACCGGUGUUGAGGGUCAAUUUCGACAAGGUUCUUUUGACCAUUCUCAUUGCCUGGGGCCUGUUAGUCAAACACACAGCCACAGAUGAAGCUGCACAGACCAAGGACUCGUGAGAUUUAACACAAGUUUAGGUGGAAUAAUGGUGUUAAAUACAAAGCUAUAGUCAAUGUGCAUGGUAAGGGGGAUAGCAUUGCCUGCAAAUCUGUUAUGUCGGCAUGAAAACUGAAAUGGAUCCAGGGUGGCCGGGCUAUGUAGGACACUACCAGUCUUUCUAGAAUCUUCAUUAUGAAGGAAGUUAGAGAUAGGACAGUAAUCACUGAGCCGAGGUGUCAUCGGUGCCCCCUGCUGUAUCCAGCACCCUGCCUUGCAUGCGUCAGCUGUUAAGCCUGUUUUCCGCAUGCGUGUGUCCUCAGAGGCCAGAGACCUCUGACCCUUGACCUUUGUCUGUUGCGGAGUUUAGAACACCUGCAGUUCAACUCUAGUCUAAAGAUGCUGACUCCAGUCACAAGUAAAUACACAAACAUAUAUGCACUCGGAUCGUGGAGCUUUGACAUGUGCAGUGUAAUGCAGACAUGAAUUUAUUUGUAAUUGAUGGUACAUGAUUCAUAAAUAGAUCCCUUAUAUAUGUUCCAUGGUUUUUUUCCUACUGGGUUAAAGGUUACUAUAAUGGCUAUGGUGAAAUCAAGGUAACCAAAAACUGGCAGAGAAAUGGGUUUUGGGCACAAAUCCUUUUUGAUCACUACCUUCUACUGCUAUUUCCUACUUUAUCUUUCUGUUUUUUGUUCAAGGUCAGUCAAUUCACUGUCAAUUUACUGUCCAUACCAUACCAAAGGGCCAUAUCUGUGUUUAAAGUAUGUGUUUUAUUAUCUGCAAUUAUUCAAUGACCAACAUCAUUCUGGGCCACUGUGUUUUGUACGUAUUUAUUAACUUUAUUUAUAUAUUGUGUUAUUUCUGUAUUCAUUUUGUAUUUAAAGUAAACUUGUGGCAUGAAUUUGAAUUAAAACUUGACCUCUUUAAGGAA